AUGUGCAUAUUGCUUGAUCUCACCGUAGCAGAAUGGAAGACCAACAUUUGUUACCUGUUAUUUUGGAGGAUUCCGCCAAGUUUACUGCUGUCCAAGUAUGCGCCAAUAUACCAAGUGAAAUGCUCUCCGCAAAUUAAUAUCGAAGAACCACGAAAGGCAUAUGAAAAAGCGUUGGGUGACAUAAGCCGAUAUUUGGAAGAAAUUGAUAAACCUGGAAAGUUUAAUGCGAAGGCAAUGAAAUGGUUCAAAGAAUUAGCAAGUGCAGAUAAAAUUGCUGAUGUGAAUAAAAAAUUGCUCCAAAAUUUUACUGAUGCCACAAUGGAUUUUUAUAAUAGUAUAAUACUUGAUACCAAUAAUAAAAUAAGAGACGUGGAUGAUAAAAUCACAGAAAUGAAAGAUGAUAUGAAAGAUAUGGCCGAUGAUUUAAAAGCUUUUAUAGAAAUUAUGCUGCUGCAGAAGGGAGGAGAUGACGAUCUUACAGAUGAAGCUAUUGAGAGUUUGAAAAUUAAUCCAUUUCUCUUUGAAGAUGACGAUGAUAACGAGAACAAAGUUACGAGAAAUAAUAUCCGAAAACGUGUCUAUAUCGGGAAUGAAGUAGCAGUGAAAAAACUACCAAGUUCUGAUUUGGAUAUAGAGAAAAAGAAAAUUGAAAAAAUAGCGAAAAUUAUUAAUUUGCUCGGUUGCUGCGACUAUAUUGAAAAAUUUUAA